GACGGAAAUGACGGGAACGCCCAUGUAAAGAAGGGCUGCGCCGGUGCGUUGGCCAUUUUUAUAUCUGUGGCAGUGGCUGGCGAGGGUGCGCAGCGCAGAGCUAGCUAGCUGCGGUCUUGCGGACCGCGGAGGGUGAGAGCAGGGCAGCGGCAAGGCCUCAAGAGGGCAAGGAUCCGAGCCUUUCAAGUCCAGUUGCUGUUGUCUGUCCGGCACAUCAAGGAUCAAGCACAGGGGAUUGACAGCGCACGGCAGAGCACUGGACAUGGCUGGAGAUCGAGAGGUGGAGGAAGCACUGGAGGGUGGAGGAGGCAUACGCUCCGUGCUCACUGUGGGCUCGUUGGUCUCUCCCUCCGGGCACGAGGUGCACUUUCCAGAGGUCGAUGGCAAGAUCAUAGGCCUCUACUUCGCUGCAAACUGGUACCCGAAGUGCGAGGCCUUCACCCCGGUGCUGGCCGCGGCCUACCACCAGCUCAAGGAGCGCGGCGCCGGCUUCGAGGUCGUCCUGGUGUCGUGCGACGAGGACCGGCCGUCGUUCGAGAGGUUCCACCGCUCCAUGCCGUGGCCAGCCGUGCCCUUUGGCGACCUCCGGUGCAAGAAGCGCCUCAGCGAGAAGUUCCAGGUCGAGGGCAUCCCGCGCCUGGUGGUACUCGCUCCGGACGGCCAGGUCGUACACCCGGGCGCCACCGACCUCGUGCACCGCUACGGCGAGAGGGCGUUCCCGUUCACGGCAGCGAGAGUGGCGGAGCUGGAGGCUGAUGAUCAGCGCAAGUACGCGUCCCAGACGCUGGAGAAGCUCUUCUCCAUCGAUGGAAGAGGCUACGUGAACGUUGGCAAUGAACAGGUUCCCAUCUCGAGCCUCGUUGGGAAGACGGUGGGGCUCUACUUCUCGGCGCACCGGUGCGCGCCGUGCAUAAAGUUCACGGCGAAGCUGGCAGCCAUAUACAGCAACCUGAAGGGCAAGGCCGAGGACUUCGAGAUCGUGUACAUCCCCAUGGACAAGGAGGAGGACGGCUACCUGCGGUCGUGCAGCGACAUGCCGUGGCUGGCACUGCCGUACGACGGCGCGCCGUCGCGGGCGCUGGCGAGGUACUUCGACGUGCGGGAGAUCCCGACGCUGGUGGUGGUCGGGCCCGACGGCAAGACGGUGACGAGGGACGGCAGGAACUUGGUCAACCUCUACGUCGACAUGGCGUUCCCGUUCACCGAUGAGCAGAUCAGGCUGCUGCAGGAGAUGGAGGACGAGGAGGCCAAGGGGUACCCGCAGUCGCUGCGCCACCGGGGCCACCGCCACGAGCUCAGCAUCGUGUCGGAGAAGUCCGGUGGAGGGCCCUACAUCUGCUGCGAAUGCGACGAGCAGGGGCUCGGCUGGGCGUACCAGUGCAUCGCCUGCGGCUACGAGAUACACCUCAGGUGCGGCCGGAACGCGGAGAGCGGUUAGCAGCUAUUUAACAGGAGCACGGGUAUCUAGACUAGCUGUAUAUUGGAAAUGAUAUGUGUUAACAAACUUCGGCUUGCUCUUCUCGAGUUUGAUGCUAAAACAGAUGAGAAAUGGCCAGCGUUGUAAGGCUUCU